GAACAUUCAUCGGAACCGGCGUCGAAAUCGGUCGACCCCUUUCCGAUUGAUGUUGUUGAACGUGCUGAUGCUGUGGAUGGACAGGAAGAGGCUGCUGGGAGUUUAGAUGAAUUGUCGCCGCCAUAUAUGCUAAAGUUCAAUGUGCCCAGUGCCGAUUUUGAAGAAAUGGAAGAGUUAUAUGAAUAUAGAAUAGAUAGGUAUUUGUUGAGGGUGAGUAUACGUGGAACGCGUCUCGGUGCCAACUUUGUACCUGUGGCUACGUCAGAUAUGAUAUUACCAGAAGAAAGAGAUGAAUUAUUACAGGCUGACAGCAAUAUUGAUUGCGUUAAUACCGAAAAUACUUCCUCUUUAUCCUCGCAAAAUAUCGAUCCACUCGGUGCACAUUCCAAAACCGAAAAACAUCAUAGCACCACGUCAACUGCAUCAGGAUAUUCGGAUAAAAGUAGUGCCGCCAAAAAUUCAACGACUGCCGGUUCAAGUCUACUUACUUUAUACGAACGGGAUACUGAUAAUACUACUAAAGAUUUACACAAUAAUUCGACUUCAAAUGGCAAAGAUCUUAAAAUACUGGAACAGCAACAAAAGAGUUCGUCUCAGACUCCCAAGAAACGGGAUGCUCCUCGCACGCGACCUGUUACAGUUCAUGGUCCACCUUCAAUUCCUUUAGUUCUUCAUCACAAUGAGAAUCCGUCAAAAAAUUCUGCGAUUUCAGAUAAAAGUCAUCGACUUUCUGAAAAUAUUCCAUCACUGCCUAAAUUCUCUUCUCCGCCACCUUCCAUUCCCUUGCCACCAAUUCCUAGCCACCAUGAAUCGCCAAUACCCCCACCGCCCUCCGUAAUACAAAAAAGACAUAAGAAAAGUAUUUCUUCAGAAAGAAUACAGAAUCCAAUGGGCAUCAAGCAAACCCGCGUUGAAAAUGGAAAUGUCAUUAGCUCCACUGGUAAUUAUGGUGGGGUAGAAUCCGGUAAAUUAUCAGUGAAUCAAAGUUUACAGCCAAAUCACGUUACGGAAUUACCUUCGGAUACCGCAUCCGACACAAGUUAUGUUGAUGAGAAUGUUUUGGAUGAUACAAAGAAAGGUCGAAACGGCAAGAGAAAGGCAUUGAGUUUGAUGGUCGAAACAUUCAAGGGAUCCGCGGCUAAUUCUACGCACAGUGUUGUAUCAAACAGUAAUGUGCAAGUAAAAGAUAAGAGAAAGACAGUAAGCGGCACUUCGGUAGGAAGCUCAAAUGCCGCGAAGAGAGUGAUGGAUUGGUUUAGGAGAAAAUCUUUAGCAAAACCUGAAGUCCCUGUGCUGGAUGUACCAUCUAAGUUGGCUAAGGUCGAAGAGUCUGUUAUGACAACAAACGCACCGCAGUCAAAGAGCAAAGCAAAGAGACCCAAGAAUAAUCCUUCGGUGAUCGUGACUCAACCCAGUAGUAGUACAAUAUCACAGACAUUAUCGAGACAGUCUAGCACCGUCGAUUUAAAUUCUGCGUACACCAUGGCAUUGAGAUUAAACGCGAGAGUGAAUUCAAAGUUAGCAAACGGAACGCUUACCUUACCUCACGAAGAUGACGGCUCCGAUGUGAAUACCGGGAAGCUUACUAGACCCAUCCGUCCCAUCAAGUACCGUACAGGAAGGUUCACUCCGGAAGAAGACCAAAUGCUUGUAGAUUUAUAUAAUCAACAUGUGGAAAGUCACAAACAUAACAUCUUCGCCGUGAUAGAGUCGUUGAUGCACAGAAAUUCAGAGUCUUUGAGAGAAAGGUUUUUUAAUCACCUGGCUUCUGAUACCGACCGUUCCGAACUAAAUGAUAAAAAAAAAAAAUUUUUUUUGGACAGUGCUACCCCCGGACAUUCGUCUCCUAUCGCGUCGCCGAAAUCACAAAGGCUUGCAAUACCGUCCCCGACCACUCCAAGAUCAAU